GCGACUUUUGAUCCUUCGGAGCGAUGGCGGGGUCCGGUGAGGAGUGGAAGGCGCCGAGAUUGAAGCACCGGCGGACUACUCUCGAACGGGUCGAGAAAUUUGUCUCCGACACUUACUUCCUCGACUGUAACCUCAGGGGCAGGUUGUUUGGUGACACCUGCCCAUUGACAUCUCUCUCUUGCUUUGAAACCUCUCAACGUAUUCCAUAUCAUGUUGCUGUAAAACAGAAAUUCAGACCUAUAAAAGUUGGAGAGUGCUUUGGAUGCACGUGGCAUACCUGUUGGUUUAAAGUGGAGCUCUGUGUCCCCAAAGAAUGGACAGGAAAGGAAGUUCACCUUCUCUGGGAAAGUGAAGGCGAGGGGAUGGUUUGGAAGGAGGGCCAACCUGUUCAGGGUUUAACGACAGAAGGGGAGAAAACGAGUUAUUUAUUAACCGAGAGCCUAAAGGAAACAGAUCCUCACAGCUUGACCUUAUAUGUGGAGGUUGCCUGCAAUGGUCUCUUUGGAGCUGGGAAGGGUAGCAUGAUUGCACCCCCAGAUCCAGACAAGAAAUUCUCUCUGCACAAAGCAGAACUGGUCAUUUACAACAGGGAUGUUCAUGAGCUUCUGGUGGACUUUGAGAUCCUUUUGGACAUGGCCAAGCUCCUCGGGGAGGAGAACCAGCGCAGUUUCCAGGCACUUUAUGCAGCCAAUGAAAUGGUUAAUCUGUGCAAUGUCACCAACUCGCGGACUUUCCGUGCGGUGCGCAAGGUUGCCUCCUCUGUCUUCAGUCAAAAGAAUGGAGAGAGCCAGCACAUCAUCCACGCAAUGGGCCACUGCCACAUUGAUUCGGCCUGGCUGUGGCCUUACGAGGAGACAAUCCGCAAAUGUGCCCGCAGCUGGGUGACUGUCGUACGCCUGAUGGAAAAGAACCCAGAAUUCACGUUUGUCUGCUCGCAGGCUCAGCAGUUUGAGUGGGUGAAGAACUGGUAUCCUGGACUGUACGCUGCAAUUCAAAACUUUGUCAAAGAAGGUCGUUUCAUACCUGUUGGGGGCACCUGGGUAGAAAUGGAUGGGAACCUGCCAAGCGGAGAAUCCAUGGUCCGCCAGUUUCUGCAGGGGCAGAGAUUCUUCCAACAGGAAUUUGGGAAGCCCUGUCAAGAGUUUUGGCUGCCAGACACAUUUGGCUACUCGGCGCAGCUCCCCCAAGUGAUGCGCGGCUGUGGGAUCCACCGUUUCCUCACUCAGAAACUUAGCUGGAACCUGGUGAACACUUUCCCACACAACACUUUUUUCUGGGAAGGGAUUGAUGGCUCCCAAGUUUUGACCCAUUUCCCCCCCGCAGAUUCUUAUGGGCUGGCUGGUCGUGUGGAAGAGAUGUUAAAAACCGUGAAGAAUAACAGAGACAAGGGACGGGUGAACCACAGCGCUGCUCUCUUUGGGUUUGGAGAUGGGGGUGGUGGCCCAACGCAGAAAAUGCUAGACAGGCUAAGUCGAAUGAAGGACACCGACGGUUUACCCAGGGUCCAAAUGUCUGUCCCGGACCAGCUUUUCUCAGCUCUGGAAGAGCAAAAGGCCCAGCUGUGUACCUGGGUUGGAGAACUCUUCCUGGAAUUGCAUAAUGGCACAUAUACCACCCACGGGCAGAUCAAAAAGGGAAAUCGGGAUUGUGAGAUCCUGCUCCAUGACGUUGAGGUUCUCAGCAGUCUUGCUCUGUCAAGGAGGACUUCUUUCCAAUACCCUUCGGCUCAACUUCAGCACCUCUGGAGGCUGCUGCUUCUGAACCAGUUUCACGACGUCUUGCCAGGCAGUUGCAUCCAGCUUGUAGCUGAGGACGCCAUGAGAUACUACGCAGAAAUCCGCUGUGCCGGAGCUGAGCUUGUGAACGAUGCUUUGCAGUCUUUGUUUGGGGACCUCUCGGCAGGCGGUCCGAAGAUGAGUGAAGGUGUCGUGGUCGUGAACACCUUGCCGUGGGAACGAACCGAAGUCAUUGCCAGAACUGGACCAGGGGGAUCGGAGGAUUUAGCUCUGGUGACGGUUCCCAGCCUGGGCUACUGCACCGUUCAGGACUCAUGCCCGCCUGCCCAUCCUGUGACGGUCACCCAAGAGGCAGAUGGAUCCGUAGUCAUGGAGAAUGGUUUUGUCCACGUCCGUCUGGAUACCACAGGCCGUGUCUCCUCGCUUUGUCUAGCAGAUCCCAGGAGAGAGUCCAUCUCUGAAGGUUGUUGUGCUAACCAGUUUGUGAUAUUUGACGAUGUUCCCUUGUACUGGGAUGCCUGGGAUGUGAUGGAUUAUCACCUGGAGACCAGGAAGCCCAUCAUGCAUCUUCUUCAACCCCUGGAAAUUGCCCAGCCGGGAGGGCUGCGUGGCAGUGUGACAUUCUCCCUACGGAUCGGUGAGAAGAGCAGGCUUACUCAAGAGGUGGUCCUGGAUUCGGCAUCCCCUUGUGUCCGCUUCCAGACUCAGGUUGAGUGGAACGAAGCUCACAAGUUCCUCAAGGUGGAGUUUCCGGUCAAGGUUCGCAGCCGGAACGCGACGUACGAGAUACAGUUUGGGCACCUGCAAAGACCGACCCAUGAGAACACCUCCUGGGACUGGGCCCGGUUCGAGGUCUGGAGCCACAAAUGGAUGGACUUGUCCGAGCAUGGCUUUGGUGUGGCCCUGCUGAACGACUGCAAAUACGGCUGCUCCAUCCGUGGCAACGUGAUGAGCCUCUCCCUGUUAAGAGCACCAAAGUCACCUGAUGCCACUGCCGAUAUCGGCCGCCACCAGUUCACCUAUGCACUGAUGCCUCACGCAGGUUCUUUCCAGGAGGCCGGGGUCAUCCAUCAGGCCUAUAAUUUGAACUUCCCGCUCCACACCGUGCCAGGGGUCUCAGGCCAGUAUCAAGCUUGGAGCGCCUUCCGUGUGGAAUCCCCUGCGGUCGUUCUGGAAACGAUAAAGCAGGCGGAGGACAGAAAUGAUGCUCUGAUUGUGAGGCUCUAUGAGUCGCAUGGCAGCACCGUCACCACCUGGCUUCAAACGAGCCUCCCAGUCCAAGAGGCAGCCAUGUGUGACCUUCUGGAACGGCCCACCCCUAACCAUCGCCUGCCCUUGGAGGAGCGCGGCUUGAAGCUUUCCUUUACGCCUUUCCAAGUGCAAUCUGUCCUGCUGGUCUUGAAACGAGGAGAGAGAAGCUGAACUAGCCAGAUUAGAAGUUGGUGCUUUGAUGAGCACUCCUUGACCAUCUCUUUGGGUUCAGUCUUUGGUUACCCAUAAAGGCAAGGGGAUAGGCUUUGGGGUUGUAGCAUCUAUCCUGCUUCUUAAAUCUUCAUCUUCCAGAAAUUUUGGACUUCCAACUCUUGGAAGCUGAAGGCAGCUUGAUUGAUGUCCUGGGAUGCCAGGAGCUGGGCCUCCAAAAUAUCUCCAGGGCUAACAAUUAGGAAAUCGUUGGUUGUUGUGGGUUUUUCGGGCUCUUUGGCCCACCACAAAAAUACAACAAAUGUUACGGUCAGCAAAGGAC